UAAUCCCCCAUUUUUCUCAAAAUCUUUUUCAAAGCAGAAAACAAAGUAUGGCUAAUUCGAAGAAGUAAAGCUACUUGGCAUGUGGGCAAGCCCUUUUACCCGAAGAGUGGAAUUAGCCCUGAAGCGCAAAGGAAUCCCGUAUGAAUACAUUGAAGAAGAUAUCUCCAACAAGAGUCCUUUGCUCCUCAAGUACAACUCCAUUCAUAAGAAAGUCCCUGUGCUUGUUCACAACCAAAAACCAAUCAUAGAUUCUUUAGUAAUUCUCGAGGACAUUGAUGAGACAUGGAAAAACAAUCCUAUCUUACCCCAAGAUCCCCAUGACAGAGCCCUUUCUCGUUUUUGGGCAAAAUUCAUUGAUGAGAAGCUGCUGGUGACAGCAAGGAAGAUUAGAAGUGAUCAGGAGGUUGUUGAAGAAGUUAUCGAGCAGCUGAAGAUCCUAGAAAAUGAGCUUACAGGAAAAGAAUUCUUUGGAGGAGAUAAGAUUGGAAACUUGGAUAUUGUGGCGAAUGUUUUAGCAUUUUGGUUCAUAGUCGGACAGGAGUUUUCCGGAGUUAAGGCGCUAACAUUCUAUAACGGGAUGAGAGGUAGAGAGCGAGCAAGUUUCUACGGCAGGGGAGCACGAGGUGGAUGGACGGCACAGCAGUGGGAGAGCUCCAAUCUCAGAAGAUGGAACCGACCUGAGCAAGACGGAAAAGCAGCACGUCUGAAAAGUUCAUGGAAGUCAGACAUUCGGGGAAUAGACAGACGGGUAUUCAACCAAACAACAGCGUUCUUCUUCACCAACUUCCCUGAGGAUUGGAGGCAAGAAAACAUGUGGCAAACCUUCUGCAAGUAUGGUAGAGUCCUGGAUAUUUACAGCCCGAUGAGGAAGAAUAAGAUGGGCAGCAGAUUCGGAUUCGUCAGAUAUCUGGAUGUCAGAAAUGAGAGGGAGCUAGAGAUUCAGCUGGACCAGAUUCGAGUGGGAAGCUUUAAACUUUGGGUAAACAGACCCAGGUUCGAAGAUAAAAGAAGUUUUGUGAAGUAUAAUCAGGGGUCCAAUGAUCACUCAAGAAACAGGGAGAGGGACCAAGGAACCAGUGGGCAUAGAACUUUUGCUGAAGUGGUGAAAGGAAAUAGCGAGCACGAUCCCAAGCCUACGAAGGGUAAAGAGCCGAAGGGUCAGUCAGAACACUUACAAGCUCGGAACAAGAAUGCUGUCAAUAUUCCGGCACAAGUCUGGAAAGCUAAGGAUAAGGACCAGGCAAGAGCUGGCAUGAGCUUUACCGUGCAGGAGGAGGAGUUCGCUUGGCUGCAGGGUUGUUACGUAGGAUCCGUCCAUUCAAUAGAAUCAAUUCCAACUCUGCAAGAAAAAUUCUUUAUGGAGGGCUAUUUUUCUUGUAGAGUGAGAGCCAUGGGGGGGCGCUUAGUUCUAUUAGAAGGGGGUGAUAAGGAGGAGAUUAAGGAUUUAAUAGAGCUUGCUCCAGAUUGGAUGGGACAAUGGUUUAAGGAUAUUAAACCAUGGAACUCCUCAAUUGUGGCUAAAGAGAGAUUUGUUUGGCUUCGUUGUCAAGGGGUUCCAGUUCAUGCAUGGGGACACAAUUUUUUUGAAGCAAUUGGCUCGGUGUGGGGGAACUUUAUUACCUUAGAUGACAGCACCAGCAAAAAACAGAGGUUCGACAUAGGAAGAAUGCUAAUUUCAACCCCUGUGAUGGACUUUAUCUCAAAAAGCAUCACUGCUCGGGUUAAUGGCGAACCUUAUACAAUCAAAGUUAUGGAGGAAGAAGCUACCAACGGUAUAUUCUCCAUGAAAUCCGAUCAUGUGUUCAAUCUUUUGUCGGAUUCGGAGAAGGGCUCCUCGGAAUCCUGGUCUUUAAACAAUGAUUCCGAAGUUGAUCUUAGUGGGGCGUCGGUUGGCUGCAAGAACACACCCACCGGAGAGAAGGAAGAAGAAGAAGCGGUAGCUGGAAGGUUGGAGCCGAGGGGAGCGGAUUUCGAGGAGGUACAAUCUCCUUACCGUUGGAUCGGUGAAGAUGGCAAAAUCCAAGCUAAUCGCCUCAGCUACCAGGGAGAAUCCAAAGUUGAUUCGGAGUCUGUGCUGGGUAACCUGGCUAUAAAAACCAGCAAUAAAAUGAAUAUUCAAAGUAGAAGGGAACAGACCGAGCCCCAUGUAUUGUCUAGCCCAGUAGAGCACAAGGGUACUUGGGCCAAAAAUAAAUUCAGGCCCCUUAAUGGACUCACAUCCAAGUCAGAUGAGUCUGAUUAUAGUAAUGUGGUGGCAAAUAGCUUUGUAGAGGAUACUGGGCCCAAUCAACCUCCUAAUGAAAUGUCUAAGUCCGGGACAACUCCAAUAGUAGCUAACACGGGAAAACAGAGCAAAUCACCCUCAUUGGAGCGUUUAUCUACAGGACAGAAGCUUGACUUCUGGAAAGGCUUUGAGUCCGAAUCAGGGGAAGAACACGCAUGGAUGGGCAGAAAUUUGAAGAAACCGAAGCAUAGAAGAAGGAAGAAAACCAGAUCGUGUCGAUCCAUCUACAUGGGAGAAAACAAGAAAGAAGAACAGGGGCUUAUUCCGAAGGGCAGAAAACAAUCAACCAAGGAGAAAGGAAAAGAGGAAUUGGUACCGAAAUUCUCACCUGGAUCCAGAAAUCAAGCAGCUGGUGAAUCACUUAAUGACAGCGGCAUUGAGAACAGAAAUAUAUGCCUGAGGAAAGCUACGGAUCAGAAUAUGGCGGAAAGAAUAUGGGCUUUCGCUAAAGAGAUCGGAGUCGGUGACAGGGGGAAUGAAAAUGAGGUGAUUAGGAGACUAGAAGACAUGGAGAAUCGAGAUAGAGAGAUGUGCAGAAUGCUUAAGGGUAAGAAAAGUGGAAUUAGAGAAAUUAUUGCUUCUGAAAAAGUAGAGUUUAUAUCUAUUCAAGAAUCGAAGAUGAUGGAGGUUGAUUUUCAGUUGUGUAAAUCUGUGUGGGGGGCUGAUAAUUUCGACUGGGUAGCUAAACCGUCUAGAGGAACAUCCGGAGGGCUUAUCUGCAUUUGGAAUAAUGAUAUUUUGAAGAAAGAAAAAAUAAUAGAAGGGGAGAAUUUUGUGGGGGUUCACGGUUUUUGGGGGGCUUCCAAAAUACCUGUUUAUAUCUUAAACGUAUAUGCACCUUGCGACAUGAUGGGAAAAAGAACCUGUUGGUCCAGCAUUAAGGAGCCGAAGAUGGAAGCAGAAGGAAAGUGGUGCCUCAUGGGUGAUUUUAAUGCCAUAAGAAAUCAACAGGAAUGGAAUGGAGGGAGAACCAGCAGAAGGGAUAUGGCAGAUUUUGAUGAAUUUAUUAGAGAAUGCGGCCUCGUAGAUCUCCCCUUAAUUGGCAGAAAAUUCACAUGGUACCAAGCAAAUGGAGCUGUUAUGAGCAGACUGGACAGAUUUUUACUGUCUGAAGAGUGGUGCGAAAAAUGGGAUGACAUGAAACAAUGGGGUUUGAAGCGCACAAUAUCGGAUCAUUGCCCAAUUUUGAUGAAAAAUCAAAUAGUUGAUUGGGGCCCAAAACCAUUCCGAUUUUUUGAUAUGUGGUUGGAAAACCCGGAGUGCAAAGAACUAAUGACAAAGACAUGGAACUCAACAGUGGUCUCUGGAUGGCAUGGUUUUCAAUUAAAAGAAAAGCUCAAGGCAACGAAGAUAGUUUUGAAAGAGUGGAGCAAAAAUAAGGCUUCUGAGAUAGACCUCAAAAUUAAUAUGUGUAAAGAAGAUAUUGCUGCCAUUGAUUUGAAAGGGGAGGAGGCAGCCAUUAAUGAACAAGAGGUGCAACUGAGGAGGAACAGCUUCCUGGACUUAUGGAAACUUCAGAAUAUGAAAGAGAGUAUGUGGCGUCAGAAGGCUAGGAAGACUUGGAUCAGAAAUGGUGAUGCAAACACUAAAUUCUUCCACAGAUGCGUCAAAGGAAGAAGGAGACGGAAUGAAAUAGUUGGCAUACAAGUGGGGGAUAAUUAUAUGGAACAGGUUAAUGAAAUCAAAGAAGGGGUGGCAAACCAUUUUGAGAAUCUGUUCAAAGAAGACAAGUGGCAACGUCCCCACCUUGACGGAAUCCCUUUUAAGAAGAUCUCAACUGAAGACAAUCGCUCAUUGGUCGCCCUUUUCAGUGAAGAUGAAGUAAAAAGAGCAGUGUGGAGUUGUGGAAGCUCAAAAGCACCGGGACCGGACGGUUUCAAUUUCAAGUUUAUAAGAGAAAUGUGGGAAACAAUUAAAAGUAGUGUAAUGGGGUUCAUUGAUGACUUUCACAGAAAUGGAAAAUUGGAUAGAGGUGUUAAUAGCUCAUUCAUUGUGUUGAUACCCAAAGUUACUAAUCCACAGAAAAUAGAGGAGUUCAGGCCCAUAUCCUUAAUUGGCGUCAUGUAUAAGGUCAUAGCGAAGCUCCUUGCUAACAGAAUCAGCUUAGUAUUGGACAACGUCAUUGGAGAAAGUCAAUCAGCAUUCAUCAGGGGUAGACAUAUGGUGGACAGCAUAGUGAUUGCCAACGAAACAAUUGAUGAAGCAAAGAGAAAAAAGAUGGCUAGCUUCAUGUUCAAAAUGGAUUUCGAGAAGGCCUACGAUAAAGUAUGCUGGGAUUUCCUGGAUAACAUGAUGAUGAGAAUGGAUUUUGAUCCUAAAUGGAGAAGGUGGAUCACAGCAUGUCUGGAGUCUGCAGAGAUGUCAAUCCUAAUUAAUGGCAGCACUACCAGGCAAUUUAAAAGUAGCCGAGGGCUGAGACAAGGCGACCCACUCUCACCCUAUUUAUUUCUACUGGUGGCAGAAGGCUUAAAUGGCAUUAUCUCCUCUGCAAUCAAUCAUGGGCUCUUCGAAGGAAUUGACAUUGGCAAUGGAGGUUUGAAAGUGUCUCAUCUACAGUUCGCCGAUGAUUCGAUUCUAUUCGGCAAGGCUGUGGAGAGGAAUAUCUGGGCAGCAAAGAGGAAUAUCUGGGCAGCAAAGAGUAUUAUGAGAAUUUUCGAGUUGGUAUCGGGACUGAAGAUUAAUUUUGUGAAAAGCCAACUCUUCAGUUUAAAUGUCUCUGAUGAAUGGAAGUCAAAAAUAGCCCACAUCUUGCACUGUAAGCAAGGAGCAUUCCCCUGCAGAUAUUUAGGGGUACCUAUUGGCAGCAACAAUAAAAGCAUUGCUCUAUGGAAGCCUCUGAUCAAGACUUUUGAGAAGAAGUUGAGCCAAUGGAAAGGCCGUUUUCUCUCUUUCGGUGGUAGGAUAACGCUCCUUAAUGCAGUGCUGACCAGCCUUCCGGUGUUUUCCAUGUCCGUGCACCUGCUCCCAAGAGGUUUGAUCCUUUCCUUAGAUAAAAUUCGUAGGAAUUUUUUAUGGGGAGGCGGGGAGAACAAGAGGAAAAUUAACUGGGUGGCAUGGGAUAAAGUCUGUAAAAGUAAAAAGGAGGGCGGACUAGGGGUCAAAGAUCUUAGAAAUUUCAACUUCGCUUUGUUGGGGAAAUGGUGGAGUAGACUUGCUAGAGAUGAUGAGGGGCUGGUUUAUAAGGUCAUUCAUCACAAAUAUGGCAGGCCAGAGGGGGGGUUUAAACUGAAUGUGGGAGAGGGUUGUUCAGUCAAUUUCUGGAAAGACAAAUGGACAGGGGACCAACCCCUUGCUAACAGAUUUCCUAGACUUUUUCUGGUUUCUACAGACAAAGAUAAAAGAAUUUCUCAGAUGGGAACAUGGAAGGAAGAUAAAUGGCAAUGGACAUUACAUUGGAGACGGUCACUAUAUGUGUGGGAGGAAGACAAGCUUACAGAGAUGCUGGAGAUCAUUAACAGCACAUUGCCAGUAAAAGGCCAAAAAGACUGUUGGGAGUGGAGGCACAAUAAGGAAGGAGAAUAUUCCGUCAAAACAGCUUAUGGCUUGCUAUCCGGCAACAGUAACAGCAACACAUCGCAGACAUAUGCAAGAGUAUGGAAUAAACUCAUCCCCACAAAAAUUUGUGCAUUUGGGUGGCAGGUCCUGCAGGAUAGAAUUCCCACAAAACUGAACUUGUACAAGAGAGGAAUCAUUCUUGACGCGAAUCAAACGAUGUGCAGCUUAUGUGGAACCAAUAUUGAAGACACUAACCAUCUCUUCAUUCACUGUAGUGUGGCCUACUUGGUAAGAAGCAAAUGUGCACAAUGGUGGAGAUUAGUAAUGGUUCACCCUAUGUCCUGCCAAGAGGACUUCCAGCAACACCGUCAUCCAUACAAAAAUCCUCUAAUAAGAACAGGGUGGGAUGUAGUUUGGUUCUCCAUCAUGUGGUCCCUUUGGAUGGCUAGAAAUGCAAAAAUCUUCAAAAAUCAAGAGUGGGAUGUGGAUAGAAUUGUUGAACUGGUGCAGUUAAGAUCCUUUAAUUGGAUUAAGGGCAGGACUACGGGUUACUCUUUCAAUCUGUACGAGUGGAUGCUAGAACCAGCCCUAAGCCUCAAAGACAAAAGAGCUCAGCUGAAAUCCAAAUAUUAGUGGGAGUGCAGUUUUCCUGGAAAGCAUCAUUGAGCAGGUAUUUUACUGUAGUUGUGUGUCCUAGGCCAUAUGUUGGUUUAGUCAAGCUGUAGUAAAUACAUGCUCAAUGUCUCUGCAUGUCAGUGGGUUGUUUUGUGGAAGUUUUUUUGAUGAUCUGAACAGGGUGUUCGUAGUAAUCUGCAUCGGAGGUCAUAAAUUCGUCUCGGGUCU